AUGAAGGUGGACACAAUCAACCAAACAGUAUCUUAUUUUAUAAUUAAAGGGAUUUCAGAACUUCCUGCACUCAUGGUCCCAACCUUUCUUCUGGUUUUAAUCCUUUAUCUCUCCAUUCUUGGUGGCAACAUGACCAUUCUUCUCCUGGUCAUUCGGGAUCAUCGUCUACAUACUCCCAUGUACUUUUUUCUGAGCAACUUGUCCGUCCUGGACAUCACUUCUACAACAGUCACUCUACACAAGAUCCUUAUUGCAUUUGUCACAGGAAACAGAACUGUUUCCUUUGCAGGAUGUAUGGCACAUGCAUACUUCUUCAUGGCCUUGGAGUGUACAGAAUUGUUGAUACUGGCUGCCAUGAGUUAUGAUCGGUAUGUGGCCAUCUGCAAUCCAUUACAUUAUUACAUGGUCAUGAGUCCUAAACUCUGUGUACUGUUAGCUUUCUUAUGCUGGGUGUCAGGUUUUGUUGAAGUUAUACCUCAUACAUAUAUUUUAUCUAAUUACUCCUGUUACACCUCCAAUAUUGUCAAUCACUUUUUCUGUGACGUCUUACCACUUAUGAAACUUUCAUGUAAUGAUAUAUCACUGCUAAAGCUCUGGAUUGCCACAGAAGGCGUAUUUAUUUCAGGUCUCAUACCUUUAUUUAUGACAGUUACACCUUACAUUUUUAUAAUACUUUCUAUACUCAAAAUUCAUUCCAGUACUGGAAGACAUAAGGCUUUCUACACAUGUUCCUCACACCUCACAGUUGUCAUACUUCUCUAUGUGACCCUUUACUGCUUAUAUUUAUCACCAACAUCAGAAAACUCCUUAGAUUCUCACAAACUUUUUUCUCUAUUUAACACAGCAGCUGUGCCCUUAUUAAACCCUCUCAUAUACAGCCUGAAAAACGCAGAAGUAAAGUCAGCAAUGAAGAGGCUGUUGAAACCUUUGCAUAUUGACACAAUACUUAGAUUUUCAGCAAACUCAAAAAACAAUUGCCAAACUGUUUUAAAAACGCAUCACAAUAGAAAGUUCUAUUAA